AGGAUCCCAGUGACGGCGGUGCUGUCCUCGCCCACCAGUGAAAACCUCUCCCGCCCUGGGACGCCUGGGAUGGCUCCACCUUUUCCGCUGGAGACCAGCCAAUGAGGCCUCGAGGUCCGCGUGCCGACCUGCCGGGUUGGUACAGCCACACGCUCACAGCCCCACCCUUCGUGCCCCAAGAGUGCCAGCCAAUGAGGACAAGAGGCCCGCUCCGGGGGCGGGUCUGGUAACAGAAAGGGGUGGGGCUUCCCUCAGAGGCGCCUCCUCAGGCCCCAGCCCUGAGAGGGCGGAAGAGCAGAGGCCGGAGCGAGUGGACAGAGCGCUGGCGGAGCAGGAGAUGGCCGCGUCCGAGCCCGGGGAGAGGAGCUACGACGACAUGCUGAGAAUGCUGUCGGACCUGAACAAGGACCUGGAGAAGGUCCUGGAGGAGAUGGAGAAGAUCUCCGUGCAGGCCACGUGGAUGGCCUAUGACAUGGUGGUGAUACGCACCAACCCCACGCUGGCAGAGGCCAUGCGCCGGCUGGAGGACGCCUUCCUCAACUGCAAGGAAGAGAUGGAGAAGAACUGGCAAGAGCUGCUCAGUGAGACCAAGCGCACGCAGUAGGCCCCCACCCCACUGCCGCCAGGCCGCUGUCUGCCUAUGUGCUGAGUCACUGCGGGGUGGAGCCUUCUCUGCCUGGUGGAGAAACAGCGACCCAAAUACACAGCUGUGUGCACAGCACUUGUUUCUCUAUAAACUUAUUUUCAAGCACAA